UUCUUCGUCCUUGUUGUGAGUUCUGCGCGGGCGGCAAUGGUGAAUUGCGAGCUGCUGGGCGAUGUGAGAGGCGUCCAGCUCUACAGCGAUGGCAGAGUCGUCCGGACGAGCAAGCCCCAGUGGCCCGAUUGCGCUGCUGAUCCCAGCUUCGAAAAGGGCGAGAUUGGAUGCAAGGACGUGAUUCUGGACGAGGGAACGGGAAUGUGGGCUCGAAUCUUCGCUCCCAAAUGGGCUACCGUGGUCCAUGAUGCUAGCUCCACUGGCAAGCACGCGCUUCUCGUCUACUUCCAUGGCGGUGGAUUCGUCGCCUUCUCCCCUGCUUCGAGCAUUUUCCAUGGCCUUUGCAGUGGAAUCUCCCACAAAAUGGGGAUGAUCGUCGUCUCCGUCGCCUACAGGCUCGCCCCGGAGCACCGCCUCCCGGUGGCAUUCGAUGAUUCUUUCGUGUCUCUCCAGUGGCUUCAGUCCCAGGCCAAGAAAUCGCCAAUGGAUCGCGACCCCUGGCUCCAAAACGCCGAUUUCUCCCGGAUCUUCCUCAUGGGCGGCAGCGCCGGAGGGACAAUCGUCCACUACAUGGCUGCCCGAUCGAUCCACAGCGACCUCUCGACGCUGGAGAUCAAAGGACUCUUCCCAGUGGUUCCAUUCUUUGGGGCCGAGGAGAGAUCCAAGUCCGAGAUCCAGUCGCUCGUCCAGCCCGACGUUCUCACGCUCGCGGACUGCGAUACUUUCUGGCGAUUCUGUCUCCCGGAGGGUACCAACCGCGACCACGAGUACUGCAGAGUUCCAAGUGCCGAGGAGAUCGCCAAGAUCGAUCCAAUGCCGCCAUCGCUGGUGGUGGUGGGAGCUCGAGACGUGCUCCACAGCCGCCAGGUGGAGUACUACGAGGAGCUCCGGAAAGCUGGGAAGGAUGCAAAGCUGGUCGAGUAUCCAAAUCGCGGCCAUUUCUUGCUGUUUCCAGAGGUCGAGGGAGAAAUGGAUUACUCGUAUGGAGAGAUGAUCCAGUUUGUGAACAAGUGCUCUACCCUUUGACGUACGAGAUGCCGGCAUUUCAGCUAGAGCAAGCUUUUGGCCGUUAGAUCUGGUUCGAUCUGACGGGCAUGAGUUUCUUAAGAUAACGCGCUUGUCAAGUCAAAAGCCGAGAAAUGUGGUGCCCGGCACGAGAGCUAUUCUAGAGGAGCCCCCAGUAUAUGGCUCUGUGAGUCUGUGACUUCGUGCAAUACAUAAGAAAUGCCGCUGCUGUUGCUGUU